AUGAAUCUUAGCUAUGAACAGAGACUUCAAGUUGUUGCCAAAAUCAUAUUAGACGACGAGGCACGCGCCGGCGACGCGCUGCCAUGUGAGGAAGAACUUGGGCUCAGGGCGACCCUCAAACCGCACCAGGUGGAGGGGGUUUCCUGGCUAAUACGGAGGUACAAACUCGGCGUCAACGUUGUCCUCGUGGUUAUAUGUCCUCUAAGUGUGACAGAUGGUUGGGUGUCAGAGAUAGUCAAAUUUACUCCUAAACUAGAACUCUUCAAAUAUGUUGGUGAUAAAGAAAAUAGGCGCAAUCUACGCACGAAAAUACAUGAAUAUGUAACAAGGCUGUCAUCAGCAAUGAAUGUCUUGUUGCCUUUUGAUGUGCUAUUAACGUCAUAUGACAUUGCACUGAUGGAUCAGGAUUUUCUUUCUCAAAUUCCAUGGCAGUAUGCAAUCAUUGAUGAAGCUCAGAGGCUUAAGAAUCCAUCUAGUGUUUUGUUUAAUGUUCUCAAAGACCGCUACAUAAUGCCACGAAGGUUGUUGAUGACUGGCACGCCUAUUCAAAACAAUCUUUCUGAACUGUGGGCGUUGAUGUAUUUUUGCAUGCCUUCUGUCUUUGGUACACUGGAUCAGUUCCUUUCUACGUUUAAGGAAAUCAGUGGUCUUGCAUCAGUUCAUGUUGCUCCAAAGGUAGAGGAGAGGCUUAAAAUUUUAAGAAGUGUAUUGGGAGCCUUUAUGCUUCGACGCACCAAGUCAAGGCUUAUCAAGUGUGGAAAUUUGGUUCUACCACCUCUCACUGAAACAACUGUGUUAGUUCCCCUUGUGAUCCUGCAGAAAAAGGUCUAUAUGUCAAUAUUGAGGAAGGAACUUCAUAAGCUACUUGCUUUAUCCUCUGGAACUUCAAAUCACCAGUCACUACAGAAUAUUGUGAUACAACUAAGAAAAGCAUGCAGCCAUCCAUAUCUCUUUCCGUGUAUUGAGCCUGAACCUUAUGAAGAAGGUGAACAUCUGGUUCAGGCCAGUGGUAAACUACUUAUUCUGGACCAACUUCUUCAGAAGUUACAUUAUUCUGGACACCGUGUUCUUCUUUUUGCUCAGAUGACCCAUACACUGGACAUUUUGCAAGAUUUUCUGGAGUUGCGAAAGUAUUCUUAUGAGCGACUUGAUGGAUCAGUUAGGGCUGAGGAGCGCUUUGCUGCUAUAAGAAGUUUCAGUAGCUCAUCUACUAAUACAGACUUGACUUCUGAAGUUGAACAAAAUGGAGCAUUUGUGUUUAUGAUCUCAACAAGAGCAGGGGGAGUUGGUUUGAAUCUUGUGGCUGCUGAUACUGUUAUAUUCUAUGAGCAAGAUUGGAAUCCUCAGGUGGACAAGCAAGCUUUGCAGAGAGCACAUAGAAUUGGCCAGAUGAACCAUGUGUUGUGUAUAAAUCUUGUUACAGAGCAGACAGUGGAGGAAGUAAUUAUGCGAAGGGCAGAGAGAAAAUUGCUUCUGAGCAUCAAUGUUAUCGGUGAUAACAUUCUCAAACAUGAAGAUAAAGAACUAUCUGAAGUUGGAACUGGUGCUUUGAAAUCCAUCAUAUUUGGGUUACAUAUGUUUGAUCCUACUGAGAUCACUGAUGGAAAUCAUGGGGAUAUGAACUUUCCAGAAAUUAGUGUUAUGGCUGACAGGGUGCUUGCCUUGCGUGAUGAACAAAUACUUAAUAAAGAUGAAAGGAAAUUUGAGGUCAAUCCAAGAAACAUUUUAAAAGGUGAUGAUGUUAAGGAAGGAGGUUCUACUUCUCUCUCUUAUGAUCUUGGUCUUGAUGAGGCUUCAUAUAUUUCUUGGGUUAAAAAAUUUGAGGAACUGUCUAAGUCAAGUUGCGACUCAAUGAUGGACUUGAGGAGCAAAAGAAACUUAGACGAGCAAAAGAGUCUAAAACUUGAGUCUGCAAGGAAGAAGGCAGAGGAAAAGAAGCUAUCUAGGUGGAAAGCUCUUGGAUAUCAAUCAUUGAAUGUAAAAGACACUCUCAGCCCAACAGACAAUAACAUCACAUCAGCUAUUGGGUCUGUUCAUUUUCUGUAUGGAGAUUGUACAGCUCCAUUAAAUGUUUGUUCGUCUGAACCUGCUAUGAUUUUCAGCUGCGUUGAUACCUCUGGACAUUGGGGCCGUGGUGGAAUGUUUGACGCACUGUCCAAACUUUCUACAAGCGUCGGUGAUGCAUAUGAACGGGCGUCUGAACAUGGGGAUCUGCAUCUUGGUGAUCUGCAUCUUAUAAGGCUUGAUGGUGAGCAAUCUAGUGAUACAAAAUAA